AUGGAGCCCAGGGGGACGAUACCUGGGGUGCCUGGCUGCGGGCCUCGAGUGGCCGCCGGGUCAGGGACGGCCGCGGAGCUCGUGUACCAUCUAGCAGGGGCCCUGGGCACGGAGCUGAAGGAGCUGGCGCGCCGCUUCGGGCCGGAGGCGGCGGCCAGGCUAGUGCCGCUCGUGGUUCGGGCGCUGGAGCUCCUGGAAAAGGCUGCCGUGGGGCCCGACCCGGACUCACUGCAGGUGUCAGCGCAGCAGGCCGAACUAGAGCUGCGGCGGCUGCGCGAGGAGAACGAGAACCUCCGCAGACAGCUGCACUCUGGGCCACACGAGGAGCGCGCUCUUCUGCGGCAGCUCAAGGAGGUGACCGACCGCCAGCGAGACGAGCUCCGGGCGCACAACCGCGACCUGCUGCAGCGCAGCCAGGAGACGGAGGCGCUGCAGGAGCAGCUGCAGCGCCUCCUGCUGGUGAAUUCAGAGCUGCGGCACAAACUGGCCGCGGUGCAAACCCAGCUGCGUGCCGCGAGGGACCGCGAGGGCGAGCGGGAGCUACAGCGCCAGGGGGCAGUGGAGCUGGCUCAGGAGCCGGCGCAGGACCAGGCCAGGGGGGCUGGGUACGAGCAGAGGCAGGAGCCCGAGCGGGCAACCGCUGAGGCGGGAGCCCCAGGGACCCCUGAGGACCCGGUGAGUGCCCGUCGUAGUAUUCGCAGGUCUGGGCGCCCCUCCAAGGUAGGACAGUGCAGCUUCAGUCGAGAGGAACUUGAGCAGAUCCUUCAGGAGAGGAAUGAACUCAAAGCCAACGUGUUCCUGCUGAAGGAGGAGUUGGCCUACUUCCAGAGGGAGCUGCUCACGGACCACCGGGUCCCUGGGCUUCUGGUUGAAGCCAUGAAGGUGGCUGUCAAGAAGCAGCGGAAGAAGAUCAAGGCCAAGAUGUUAGGGAUUCCAGAGGAAGCAGAGAGCAGUGACGAUGAAGACAGCUCAUGGCUCCUACUCUCCAGUGAUAAGGGAGCCCACCCUCCACCCACUGAGUCCCGAAUACAGAGUUUCUUUGGCCUGUCCUAUCGGGGUGAAACAGCGGCCCCUGAAGCCCAGACCAGCAGCAUGGCCCCCAGUAAGCUAGGGGGAGAAGAGGAGGCAGCCCCACAGUCCUCAACUCCUGACCAGCCGUGCUCUGCACUCGAUGAACAUCUUUGUCUCAGCUGCCCCAGAGACCUGACUUUGGAAUCUGGCUAUGGGUAG